CCACAAACCUUCACUUCAACACAGUCAUUUUCAACAUCUCGGGGAAUGACUCAUGAUUCUAGUAUGGAGAUAUAAUCAUCUAGAACCUUGUAUCAGAGGUUUGAUUCUUGAAUUGCAAUGUCAACUCUCCAGCUUUCUUUUCCGAUUCAAAUCGAAUCAAAGGCCAUUGGACCAUUUCUGCAGCUAAGACCUUACUGAAUCCCACAAGGCUGACCAGCCGUGACAAGGCGAACAAACGACAAGGCAACCAUAAUUGUACCCACCCAAGACAGAUCCUUAGAUUCAAGAUCUGUAUUCGGGAUAAGACGGCAUGGAUAAGUCGGAUAAGAAGAAGCUCGUGACCCUGGAUGGCCGGACAGGAGAGGGUGGAGGACAAGUUGUCCGAGUUGCUGUUGCGCUUGCUGCCUUGACCGGAACACCACUUCGAAUCGACAAUGUCCGAGGGAAUAGAGAAGGACCCCGUGGUGGAGGUUUGAAGGCUCAGCAUGUUUCUUGUAUCAAGACCCUUGCCGACGCCACAGAUGCAGAGGUCACAGGCUGCAGUGUUGGAAGCAAGUCCUUCCAAUUCCGAGCAAAACUGUCUCCUACAGAGAUUGUCAACCGGAAUAUCAAGGUUCGAGCCGAUUCGGCUGCCAGUGUACUCUUGGUAUUUCAAGCAACUUUACCUUUCUUACUAUUCGCCGGUGACGAGAGCGGCUCGCCAAUUUCACUCACUAUUCAGGGAGGAACAAAUGUGAGCUUCUCUCUAUCCUUCGAAUACCUCGAUCAAGUUUUGCUUCCGUCAUUGGAAAGAUUCGGGAUCAAGGUUGAGAGGAAACUUGAGUAUCGAGGUUGGUCUCACGGCACAAGAGAAAUCGGCUCAAUCAAAUUCAAAGUCACUCCUCUCGGCCCAGGUCAAACACUCAAAGCUCCAGCAUGGCCCACGGAACCAGGCAAUGUUACCAAGAUCGAUAUUUCGCUCGUCGUCCCAAGAGACGUUCAAGCUGCGCUGAAGAAAUCACUACUAUUCGAGCUCGAUCUAGUGUUCCCAGGUGUGGAAAUCGAUUUUAUAGUUAUCGACGACAGUAGGCAUAAGAGCAGAUUAUACACUCUGCUUGUUGCCCACACAACCCCUGGUCUACGUUUCGGAAGAGAUUGGCUCUACGACAAAAAGACCAAAGACAAGUCACCAGACCAACUCAGCACCGAAAUAUCACAGAAAGUAGUGGAUGACUUAGAUGUUGAGAUUCGGAAAGGUGGUCUUGUCGAUGAACAUCUGCAAGAUCAAUUGAUCGUCUUUCAAGCUCUGGCAGAGGGAAUGUCGAAUAUCGCAGGAUCGGCGGAGGCUCUUGCUUCUGAUAGAGACCGUGUCGAUCGGACGGACAUGCCGUUUGGAGAUGGGAGUUUGCAUACUACGACCGCGAGAUGGGUUGUGAGUCAAUUACUACCACACGUUAAGUGGGUCGAUGGAGGGCGGUUAUGUGAAGGUGCUGGGUGGAAGACUAUAGACGCUGACGUGGAAUCUACGGCGGAGGGAGUGCAGUCGCUUUCGAUUAACGCAAGUACGGCAUAAGUAAAACGUCAAGAAGUUUGUCCGCCAGUCUUUAAGAGAGCAGGGAAGAUCCAAGACUAAACAACUCCUAUCAAUUUGGGAUGUAGUGCUCAAGUGAAGCUUCCCCACCUGGAAUUUUGGACUUUGGCUGGAUUUGAGAAUAUCGAUAUCGCAUGUUAGAAGUCGUGUCCGACGAGUAGCCUGCAAAAGGCGUCUUUGCUCUCGAGUUCGAUGCACCCAUUGCAAUCAUGCUUCUUUUCGAGGAAGAAAACUGAAAUUGUCAUCCCAGCCUGGACCUUCUAAUCCAGCACAGCAACCUGAAAC